AUGCCACCAAAAUUCGAUCCAUCAGAAAUCAAAAUUGAUAACUUGAGUGAAUUCUCCCUCUGUGUGUUACAGUCACCGAAGAAAAUUGGCGAUGAUAUAGCAAAAGCGACGCAGGAUUGGAAGGGUCUAAAAGUGACAUGCAAAUUGACGAUCCAGAAUCGUGUUGCCAAAAUCGACGUGGUACCCAGUGCCGCAUCGCUGCUCAUCAAAGAGCUCAAGGAGCCAUCGCGUGAUCGGAAGAAGGUCAAGAACGGUAUGCGCAGAACGGCUCAAUCGGUUGGUUGCACAGUGAAUGGUCAGCAUCCGCAUGAUAUUGUGGAUGCGAUACGCAGCGGGGAUAUUGUUGUUCCAGAUGAGUGA